CGUGUGUGGCGAAGCAGAGGUGAAGUGAAUGUCGGAGUGAAAUAUGUGCUAGUUUGGACAUUUAAAAGGCCCGCUGUCAUCUCUAUUCCCAGAUGGCGGACAAGAGGAGGCGUACUGAGUGAGACUGACCAAGGCUGGCGGAGGGUAUAUAAAGGCUGGCCAUGGCGUGCGGGUGUCAGUUGAGUGCCGUAGCUGCAGGAACGAUGGUGCUGCUCGUGCUGGGAGCCGCUAUCGCCACCCUCACUUCCGUGAUCUUAGCGCAGGAACCUCACACACCUGGGAGGUUCUGUUACAGAAAAUGUGUGGAGGGAGAUACAAGAGUGUGUGAGUUUAACUUCGAUGUACACCCUUACCAGACCAUGUCCAGGGCGUGCUAUGACUGCCCACGCAAUGCCACAGACUGCUCCAGGCCAGACUGCAUAGCUGGUGAUGGUGUUACACGGAGAAUUAUGGUUAUCAACAAACAAAUGCCUGGCCCUCCUAUACAGGUGUGCCUUGGUGACAGAGUGGUGGUGAAUGUCAAGAACUCCCUACACAGUGACGGGUUGACUAUUCAUUGGCAUGGCCUUACCAUGAGAGGCGCCAGCACUGCCGAGCCUGACUGCCCCUCUAAAGCCACCCCUUACAUGGACGGCACCCCAGGCAUCACUCAGUGUGACAUCGCUCCCCAUACCUCCUUCAGAUACUCCUUCAUUGCCACCAAUGCCGGGACACACUUCUACCACUCACAUUCUGGUUUCCAAAGAGGUGAUGGUGUGUAUGGCGCCUUCAUAGUGAGGGAGCCUGAUGAGUACGACCCAAACAGAUACACUUACGACUAUGAUCUUCCGGAGCAUGUGAUUCUGAUACACGACUGGCUCCACCUCCCCACGCAGGACAAGUUUUUGUUCCGCCACCACAGCGGCGGUGACGACUUCCCUAAAUCAAUGUUGGUGAAUGGCCACGGUCCUCACCAGCAUGCUCUACCUAACACAGUACCGUCUCUCGUGCCUUACUCUGUCUUCAAGGUGAUACCAGGCAACCGUUAUCGUCUGCGUUUCAUCAGCAACGCCAUCCUGAACUGCCCCAUUGUGGUGAGUGUGGAGGACCAUUCCCUCACCGUCAUAGCAUCAGAUGGCAACCCUCUCGUGCCUGUCAAUGCCUCCUCUAUCGUCGUGUACGCUGGUGAGCGCUGGGACGUGGUGCUGACGGCAGAAUAUGGCAAGUCUGGCUAUUACUGGAUGAGUUUCUUUGGUGGAGUGGACUGUGCAGAGACGCAGGCACACCAGUUUGCCCUGCUGCAGUACGAGGACCUGCCAGACCAGGCGGUGAAGGGCGGCACCAAGGGGGUCAGCACGCUGGAUCCUGUCACCUAUCCAGACUCACUGUAUUCGGUCCCCAAACGCACUCUUUCCCAGAAACCCAAUUACACCAUGGAGCCUCCCUCCGGUGUGCAAGUGAACAGCAUCAACAGGGCCUGCACAGAUGACCUGCGGUGUGUGGCAUGGCUGCGGUCAUACUACCCCAUGGCACCAGAAGCCAUGAGGCCUGUAGCUGACUUCACUUACUACCUGGCCUUUGAGAUGAACCGCAUCCACAACGCUCACUACUACUCACGGUCUUACUACAACUUUGACCUCUUGCCUGAGGACCAGCAGAUCCCAACACCCCAGAUAAACAACCUGACCUUUGCACAUCCGGCCACUCCCCUACUGCUUGGUGGGGCCUAUGGGGAGGACAUCUGUAACGUUGAGUCUCCUCUCGUGGGCCGCAGCUGCCACGACGACUACUGCGAAUGUCUGCACAUGUACAGCAUUCCUCUUGGCGCCACGGUGGAUCUGGUGUUUAUAGAUGAAGGCCAGUAUGGAGACGAGAACCACCCAAUACACAUGCACGGGGGGCACUUCUGGGUGUUGGCACAGGACCGACCCAACGACGUGGACAAUGCCUUCAUUACGCGCAGCCAGGUGAUUGAGAUGGACAAGCAAGGCCUGAUAGAGAGGAACCUAGUCAACCCUCCGUACAAGGACACUGUGACGAUCCCUGACGGUGGUUACACUGUCGUCCGUUUCGCCGCUACCAACCCGGGGUACUGGCUGCUGCAUUGCCAUCUCCUCUUCCAUUCAGCGGCUGGCAUGGAUCUUGUGAUUAAGAUUGGGGAGGACAGUGACAUACCAAGGCCUCCACCAAACUUCCCAACGUGUGGUAACUUCCGAAGCCCUGACCUGUAACUUGUGUGUGUCUUUAUAGGGGUACUGAGGCAGGAAAACGUGUAAAUUCUGGGGUUUUCUUGCUUAUGUGUGUGUUUAUAAGGGUGUUGGAGCAGGAAAACAUAGAUUCUUGGGUGUUUAUAAGGAUGUUGGAGCAGGAAAACCCAUAGAUUCUUGGGUAUUUACAAGGGUGAUGGAGAAGGAACUAUAGAUUCUUGGGUUUUGCUGCUUAUGUGUGUGUUUAUUAGGUUGUUGAAGCAGGGAAACCUGUAGAUUCAUGGGCAUUUAUAAGAGCACUGGAGCAGGAAAAUCUAUAGAUUCACGGGUUUUACUGCAUGACACACUAACUACUGAGUGAAGAGAGGGAAGAUGUGAUAUAUAAAUAAACCAUUCUUUGUAAA